CUAGUUCUGUAACAUAACACGGUUCAAGAGGCCUGAGGACUGAACAAAAAAAGAAGUACCUGUGUUUUAUUAUUGAAUUUAGAAAUGAUGGAGAAUGAAAAAGCGUACGGAAAACAUUAUGGAUCUCUUGAAUCAACUACGUGGAAGGCAGAGAAUGUAAAAGAUACAGAUAUUAUAUCAAUGGCUGAUUCGACCAUAACACUGGAUGACAUUGAAGAUGAACUUUUUAAAAUCGAAAGGAUAAGAGAUAUACUGGUCAGACGAGAAUCUGAACUCCGGUACAUGAUGGAUGAUAUACAACUGUGUAAGGAGAUAACACGACUUAAGAAAGAGCUACAGAAACUAGUAUCAAUACCAGAUAAAGACAAAUCAAAUGAAGAUAAACAGAAGGAAGAAGAAUUGUUGCAACAGAUACACAAGCUGGUCGAGACAAGAGAUUUUCUCGUGGAUGAUGUUGAAUUUGAAAGACUGAGGGAGAGAGAGGAAGACAAAGAAAUGGCUGAUUUCCUGCAGGCAAAAUUAUCAAAGGCCAGCUCCAAAAAAACAGAUGCUAUAAAGGAAAGGAAGAUGACAUCGAGAGCACAGCAGACAUCAGCACCUUUUGUGGCGAAGACUGGGCUGACCCUGCUGAAGGAAUGCUGUGGAUUCACCUGCUCCAUCAUGUAA